GCUCUUGGAGUAAGAGCUAAUUUUAUGUCUUUAUAUUUAGCAAUUUAAUGUCUAUCUCAGGGUUAAACCACUGAGCUACUGAACUUGCUGACCAAAAGGUUGGUGGUUCAAAUGUGGGGAACAGGGUGAGCUCCCGCUGUUGCCCCAGCCUCUGCCAACCUAGCAGUUUGAAAACAUUCAAAUGUGAGUAGAUUAAUAGAUACCGCUCCAGCAGGAAGGUAACGGCGCUCCAUGCAGUCAUGCCGGCCACAUGGCCUUGGAGGCGUCUAUGGACAACGUUGGCUCUUCGGCUUAGAAAUGGAGAUGAGCACCAACCCCCAGAGUCAGACAUGACUAGACUUCAUGUCAGGGGAAAACCUUUACCUUUACUUUACUUGCAUUGUAUUGCAUAACUUUACACUCGGGGGGGGGGGGGAUAUUUUCAUUAUUCUUGCUGUUAUGAGUUGACUGGAACUAAAUCUUGAGUUCAGUAGGACUUAUUUACUUCAAAAUAUGUAUACUGUAUAAGGACUUUCUUUUCUGAAACCCUUCAAACAUUAUAGCAAGAUCAGAAGUGGGCUAUAAUUUGAAUGAGUAGAAUCAUAGAGUACUUAAUUUUCUCAAGUAUUUUGCUCAGACCUGACUGUUUUGUUAUCUUGCUUUUCUCACAAGAAUGCAUCUUGCAUGCUGUUUCAAAUAUAUUUAUUGUGUCUUUAAAUUCUGAGCAGUAUGAAUGGAAAACUGGCCAGUGAUUUAUAAUUUUCCAUGACUAGGUGCAGCUGUUGCACUUUGUAUCAGCAAGAAAUAAAUUUGCAAGAACGUCCUUUGAGGCUCACCAGACCAAAAAAAAAAACCCCCACAAAAAACCAGAACUACUGAAAUGUUGGGACACUAGUGGAAUGUUUUUAGUCAAGUCUUGUUGGAGCAAUCAGAUUUGCCUGUCAUCUUCCUGUACGGGAUAUAAUGAACAAAAUGAAAACUUUCAAGCGUCGUUUUUCUCUUUCGGUUCCCCGGACAGAGACGAUUGAGGAAUCACUAGCAGAGUUUACAGAGCAGUUCAACCAGCUCAACAACAGAAAGAAUGAAGAUAUGGCACAAGGACAUCUGAACCUGGGUCAUCUGAACAAGGAUAUCAAGACACAGCCCAGCUCUUUUUCACCUGUGGAAGGCCAGUCCCAAAUGGAAGUGCAGUACCGAAAUGGCAACCAACGGCGGUUUUCUAUGGAGGAUGUCAGCAGGCGCCUCUCUCUCUCCGUGGAUAUUCGCCUUCCCCCAGAGUUCCUCCAGAAACUAGAGAGGGAAAGUCCAGAGAUGUCUAAGCCUCUAAGCAGAAUGUCUCGGCGGGCAUCACUUUCAGACAUCGGGUUUGGGAAGAUGGAGACUUAUGUUAAGCUUGAGAAGCUGGGGGAGGGCACCUAUGCCACUGUCUUUAAAGGGCGCAGUAAGCUCACCAAGAACCUGGUUGCUCUAAAAGAAAUCCGGCUGGAACAUGAAGAAGGAGCCCCUUGCACAGCUAUCCGAGAGGUUUCCUUACUGAAGAAUCUGAAGCAUGCAAAUAUUGUGACCCUCCAUGAUAUCAUCCACACAAAAUGCUCCCUCACGCUGGUCUUUGAAUAUCUGGACAGUGACCUGAAGCAGUAUCUGGAUAACUGUGGAAAUCUGAUGAGCAUGCAUAAUGUGAAGAUCUUCAUGUUUCAGCUACUGCGUGGGUUGUCCUAUUGCCACCAGCUUAAGAUCCUACAUAGGGAUCUGAAGCCACAAAAUCUGCUUAUUAAUGGAAAGGGAGAACUGAAGCUCGCUGACUUUGGUCUAGCCAGAGCCAAGUCUGUCCCUACAAAAACGUAUUCCAAUGAAGUGGUCACAUUGUGGUAUCGGCCUCCUGAUGUUCUUCUAGGAUCUACAGAGUACUCCACUCCCAUUGACAUGUGGGGUGUGGGUUGCAUACACUAUGAAAUGGUUACAGGACGUCCCAUGUUUCCAGGAUCUACAGUGAAAGAGGAAUUACAUUUAAUAUUCAGGAUAUUGGGCACCCCUACAGAAGAAACCUGGCCUGGCAUUACAUCUAAUGAGGAAUUCAAGACAUAUAAUUUUACACAUCAUCGAGCCCAGCCAUUGAUAAAUCACGUGCCAAGACUAGAUACAGAAGGGAUCGACCUGUUGUCAAGUCUCCUCCUGUAUGAAGCCAAACAACGCAUUUCGGCUGAGGCAGCCUUGAGGCACCCGUACUUCAUGGCCCUGGGCGAACACGUGCACCUCCUUCCUGAGACUGCCUCCAUCUUUUCUCUGAAGGAAAUACAGCUUCAAAAGGACCCAGGUUACAGAGGUUCAAACUUCCAGCACUCAGCUCGAGGAAAGAACAGGAGGCAAAGCAUAUUUUAAACCCAUUUACUCAUUCAGUGCAUUGUUGGGGACAUCAAAAGCACUGAAGGGGAGAGGACCUUAUAGAUCUCAUCAAGCUCAUCCUCAGAAUGGUGGUGGCUGGUACGCACAGUACAGGAUCUGCUUUGCAGUCCCAGUAUCUUUCAUGAGCCCAAAUCAGAAAUGACCCGCUGCUUAGUCUGGGCCCCCAUUCUCCAUACAGCAAUCACUGGGCAAGGAUCUUCAUCAAACAAUCAACUACCAGGUGUGUGGUCCUACAACGUGGACAUGUGCUAUCCACUGCUUUAGAGGGAAGCAAAAUGGAGUCAACAAGCAAGGAUUUCACUGCAGAAUCAACACCUUCAUUGCUUCUUAGACGUCAUGCCAUGACAGAUGUGCUGAACUCCAUUGUUUGUUUUCCCCAUCAUGUGAUGACUCCUAGGACUACAUGCAGACAAGAUGGGUAGGAUAUUAACAGCAGGAAACCUCUUUGAUCCACUCAUAUGCUGGGUUUUCUACCUUUAAACUGAAAAGGAAACAUUAUGUUUAAAAUAAGGGUGAAAAAGAAAAAAAGGGGGGUCUCUUCUGUGAGCUUGCUCUGUUCUUCGAAAACAAAUCUUAGUUCUGAUGAUAAUAAACAUUUAGGGUAGUGGAUAGAGUGGGGAGGCCAUUUGUUGAAUUUUCUUGGCUUUCUCAUUCCAGUGUUUGUUUUCUGAACUCAAGCUGCUAUAAAGAAAGUCCAGAAUUAGUCUUUCUCGCAGGUGGGUUUCAGAUUGCAGAUCAUGAGCAGCAUCAUGUAUUUAUCAGAUUCAUACUCAGAAUGUCUGUUUAAUUCAUUCCAAGAGUUAUUCACCAAAAGCCUCCCACUAAAUAAACUGAUGCACUUUCUCUGAAAAAGAUAGCUGACAUCCAAGUAACUCUAGAACUACAGAAACUGUCUGACUUUUUAUUGAAACUCUACCACAAAAAUGUAAAAGAACUCAAGCCUUUCUUUCAUCUGAAAUCACAUAGUCUUGCAUUGAAUUAUGCCUUUGUGUUGGGUGUGCAAAGAUGUACCUCUCCAUUCAUUUCUUCCCAAUUGCACUAGAGAAAGUAAUUUAAUAAUAUUCAGAAACCCCUGGAUGUGCAUGCACUCCAUUAUCCUCAUUCUCCCCCCCCCCCAUCUUUCAUACAGAGUAAUCCUAUUCAUGUUUAUUCAGAAGUAAGCACUAUUAUGUUAAUAGGACUUGCUCUCAAAUAAAUGUGACUAGGACAUGAAACCAAUGAAAUCUAUAAAAUUUAAGUGAGAUCUUAGGCUUACAGAAAAACAGUGUUCAAACGUUGAGUAGGUAAGUCAGUAGAUAACCUAAUGUGUAUACUUUAUUUUAAAAAAUGCUAAUUCGACUCAGUCAAACAAGGUCUUGAUAAUCAAAGGAAGCAAGUUCUCAAUCUCAUGUUUUGAUGUGUGUGUGUGUGUUAGGAAAAAGAUUUCACCGCACUUUCUGUCCCUGUGAGAAUUGGAUUUUGAAAAAAUUGGCUUCUUGUGGAAACAAAGAUUGGUGAUAAAGCUUCAGUGGAGAUACCUUUUCCCCGUGAUAACUUUCUGAAGUAUAUUUCCCUUCAUAGAGGUAGAUUUCUUUCACUUCCUGUUGUCUCACCCCUGUUUGUAACUACGAGUCAUUUGUAAAUUGGGUGUUUGUAACUUGGGAAUUUUGUGUGUGUGUGUGUGUGUGUGUGUGCGCACGCGCGCGCGCAUGCACGCAUGUGUGUUUGUGUGUGUUUAUGAAUAUGACUGAAUUGGAAUUUCUGCCACUUUUCUUCUGUUCUGUUAUUCUAAGAGUCAAGACAGAAGUCUUGAGCCUUAUCAAGAAAUUCUGCAGUUACUCCAUUUUUUCUUCUUUCUUCUUUUCUUUCUUCUUAACAUAUUUUGUGCAGUGCGAAAAGACUUGGAAGGCAAUAGUCUUAGGACUCUGCAUAAAACUUUAUGAAUGAAGCAAGACUUCCCAUGGAAGCACAAUACAGAAGAAGUAACACAUUCUUGGAUGCAAUCAGUUUGUAUGCCCUGAUUAAGUCACUCAUUCUGUGCAGCCUCCAGAAAAAGGCCUGUCAGUAUCUCCGUAUUGACAGCUGUUAAAUGGGGAGACUUCAAUGAGUGGGAUUUCUUCUACUGGCACAAUAAUCAUACAAUCAUCCAAGCAGUAUGCCAAGUACAGGGGACUUUAGCUAGAAGAUUUCAAAACGAGCACUAAAUUACUUCUGUAUUCAUGAACUUUAGGCCAAACAGGUUUUGAGAGCUGGGAAAUAGGGGCACACUGACAUUUAAAUUUUAAAAUGCAUUGCCUGGAUGAACAGUACCCCACCCUUGGAUUAAACAGGAAGCUCACAACUAGAAAAGUUUAAGCCUACAUAGUGUAUGAAUUUCUUCACUAAGGCUGCACAUCGACAGAUGGACCACAUCAAUCAUGUAUGAGCAAAGCUUUAAAAUAGUCUAAAAUGUGCUUUCAAUGAGUUGGUUAGAUAAUUCAAGACAACUUAUGAAAUUCAGCUCCUCCUUUCAUGCUUCAUUUUGGCCCUUCUUGCUCCUUAAUCUUUCUAAAUUUCAGUGCUUUGAGGGCAGUAGCAGCUACAAUUAUUGAGGGAGAGAUUGCCUUUUCAAUGCAAAUUAAAUAGAGUGAUCACAUCUGGGAUUAUACCAAUGGUUCUGGACCUUUUUGUGGCUCACAUUGAGGAAAGCGUCCAGAGGAGGGCGACUAAAAUGAUUAAGGGUCUGGAGAACAAGCCCUAUGAGGAGUGGCUUAAAGAGCUGGGCAUGUUUAGCCUGCAGAAGAGAAGGCUGAGAGGAGACAUGAUAGCCAUGUACAAAUAUGUGAAGGGAAGUCACAGGGAAGAGGGAGCAAGCUUGUUUUCUGCUGCCCUGCAGACUAGGACACGGAACAAUGGCUUCAAACUACAGGAAAGGAGAUUCCACCUGAACAUCAGGAAGAACUUCCUCACUGUGAGAGCUGUUCGACAGUGGAACUCUCUCCCCGGGGCCGUGGUGGAGGCUCCUUCCUUGGAGGCUUUUAAGCAGAGGCUGGAUGGCCAUCUGUCGGGGGUGCUUUGAAUGCGAUUUCCUGCUUCUUAGCAGGGGGUUGGACUAGAUGGCCCAUGUGGUCUCUUCCAACUCUACUAUUCUAUGAUUCUAUGAUUCUAUGUCACAAUACCCAUUGUUUUCUCAGAUCAUUGCUUUUCAAUCCACUAUCAUAGUCUCAUGUCCUUUUUCCAUUCGGUCUUUGACCAGGCUGCCAGCAUGCCACACAAUAGAGCAAAGAGCCAUUCCAGUAGUGAGCACUUUGAAAUUUCUUCAUUCUCCCAAAAUUCAUUGUUUUCGUCUCUUUUCAUGAAGCUUUCAUGUUUCCAUCCUUUGUACUCCUCUCUCACACUCCACUGAUUAUUUUCCCUUACCAACUCUGCCUCUGAAUCCUUUGCCACUCAUAAGAACAGGCUUCAUUUUGGCCCACAAAACUGUUCCUAAACAAAACUAUAAUUUCAACUGAUACCAGAUUUGUGUCAUCCAGUACCUGCCAUUUUGAAAGAAAUCGGGUCGCUCCAAAUUGAACACUAAUGGGAUACUGUGUAGGCAUGGAGAAAUAUGUUGAUAAUAUUCUUGGACUACGGUUAUGGGAAAUACAUGUCAUAAGGGUAGGAGGAAAAAUCCUACAUCUUCUGUACAAUGAGGUUUCAGGAGGAAAAACCCGAGAAGAAAUGAAAGCACAUUCCCCCUUCCCUGCCAUUUUCCACAGAGAUCACAUGCAAAACUACGUAAAAAUAGGUCACUCGGAUUUACAAGUUGCUUCUGGCCCCAAAUCUGUACUCUGUAGCACAGAUGUGAGCCCCCAACUUUUCUGUGAGGCUAUGACAGCCCUUUCCCAUCACAGUUUUGCUGAUCAGGGAUCAACUGGACUAUGAAUAAAAAGCAGCUGUUUUAGAGUGACUAACAUGCAAAGACAACAGCAAUAUUGGUAUGAAUCAGUGAGGCAGAAAAAAAGGCUUCCCCAGCAAGCCCAGCAGUCUCUAGAUGCCUGAUAGGCAAGAAAUACGAACAGCACAACACACUAUUAAAAUCCUUUCCCAAAAGAUCAUGGUUUUUUGGUUUUUUGUUUUAAAAAAAGUCCGCUUCACCUGUGAAAAGACAACUCCCUAGAAGCUGUACUUUCUGAACAAAACUGGAAAUAAAUAAACAUAGCAUAGGUUUACCACACUUUCUAACUUAAGCAGGGCUGCAUGGUUUUUUUUUGAGUCAGGCUACUAUAACUAUUCAGCGUAAAGCACAAUUAGCAUAUUUUCAAACUGAACCCUAUGUUGAAAGUCAGUACCAAUAAUUUGCUGAUAAGUAGUUAAAGGUAUUAGCAGAGAAAAAGAAUUUUCGCUGUAUUUUUAAUACUGAAUUUCACUGGCUGUAGUGGUUCCAUUGACAGUGCUAUUUAAGAGUUAAUAGUUUAUCUGUUUAUUUGAUCCUUAGGCAGAACGGGCCCCACAUUGUUUCAACAAGGCAUUUAAACUUGUGCUAAUGCACAGCGACUAGGUUGUUUUAUGGAAAUCAAUACAUCCAAGAAUUAAUGUCGUAGCCUAAGUACUUUGGUGGUUUGGUAUAAUCGAAUUUCAUUGGAGGAUUAAAUGCAGCGGUAAUUCUUUCUUUAUUUCUUCAAAACAUUUUGCCUCACUGAGAAGCUAUGAAAGCAUUAUCAGGAUACUUUUUUUUUUUCAAGAUUAGUGCUUAUUCUCGGACUUCUAAUUUUAAAGGUCUAACAGAAGAGGAAAGGGGAGUGGGGAGCCGGGAGGGAGAAAGCAAGUGCAGGUAUCAGUUUCUACAUCACAGCUGGGUUGGAAACAAGAUAAAUAAUGAGAAUAAUACAGUGGAGCUAGGGUACUACAUAAUUAUAGCAUCCUGAUUCCACAUCAAAUGGCAUAGCUUCAUCCGAUGAAAUCCUGGGGUUUGUAGAUUAGAAAGGCGCAAGAGAAUCUGUCUGACUGAUCCUUUUCAAUGCGUCUUCCUAACCUGCAAAUUCCAGGAUUCCAUAAGAUGGAGCCAUGGCAGUUAAAAGGAGAAUCAUAGUCCUAUAAUAGUGAUUGUGAAAGGGCCUCUUGUCUCUGUUCCCUGCCACCCUUUUAUCCCUCUGCUGCAGUCAAAUGGAAAGGCUGCUGAUAGAUGGCACUCUUUCAUGAAGGCCACACUUUUCCAAUUUCCUGUUCAAAAGGGAACAAUUGGAAAAUAUACAUGUAGCCUCAGUGCCAGUUAUGGUGACAUCUAGUUAUGUCACAUGAAGAAGUAGUAGAAGAUAGGGCUUCUAUAGCUUUCAGACUUACCAGGAAGAGGGAAUUUCAACAGGUGCACUUAUAUAAGGUACUCCUGUUGAAAUGCCCUUGUUCAGGCAACUAUUGGAGGUAUCCAUGUUAUUUAUCUAAUAGAUUCCCAGUGGCCCUAUUCAGUGCAAUAGUGCAACACCAAAAGAACCAUCAUCUUUUUAAGUUGGACCCACAAGGCAAAUAGGAUAUUUUGUCCUGGUCCUGCCAUAUUGAACAGUAUUUCUGGCAGCUCAGGUUUUGCCAAUUCAGGGCAAUGGCUUCCUGUGGUUUCCCUCUUUUCCUGCUGCCAUCCACAAUACCAAGCAUUAUAUUUCCCAGAGAAUGAUAUCAUCUCGUGAUAUCUCUGAAAUACAGAAGCCUUAGUUUAGUCCUCUUCAUUUCUGGUAGGCACCAUAACUAAUAUUGAUAAUAGUUCAAAGCAGAAAUAAGUUUGUUGCAACUACUAUGGUAAUUUAGCCCAAAGAGACUUUAUUCUUGAGUAAAGAUCUUAAAAUGUA